AUGAAAGGUUUAUGGACAAUUAAUAACAGUUCAGAAGCAAAGGUAAAAUCUCCACUAUUUGAGAAGAUCAUAGUUCCUUUCAAGCUGCUUUGUCUUCCAUCGAGCUCGGCGAUUUUGAAACCACACAGCCACUUGCCUUGGCUGCAGACCCAGUUUCCGGCGCUUCUUCUCAGGCGGUUGGUCAUCGUAGUAGUCGUCGUCGAACAGGUCAUCCGGUGAGCUGAAAAAGGGUCGCCUCUUUGAAGUUUCCUCCAUCCCCAUCGCGAACCUUGGUUCUAA